AUGCCCUCGCUGCCGUCGCCGCCGCCGCCGCCGCCGCCCGCGCCGCCGUCGGUGCCGCUAUUUAAGCCGCCGCCGCCCUCGCCGCCGCUCCCGCCCGCGCUGCCGCCGGAGCCGCCCGCGCCUCCGGCGGCGCCUCCGCCCGAGCUGCUCAGCUACCUCACUGAAGCCCUCAACCUGCUCGGCGUCGACAUGGCGGAAUCCUCCCCUCCUCCUCCUCCUCCGAGCCCAUCACCACCACCGCCGCCUUCUCCUCCUCCUCCGAGCCCACCGCCGCCACCGCCGCCUUCUCCUCCUCCUCCGAGCCCACCACCGCCACCGCCGCCUUCUCCUCCCUCUCCUUCUCCGCGCCCCGGGCGUCCUCCUCCUCCGAGCCCACCGCCACCGCCACCGCCACCGCCACUGCCACCACCGCCACCGCCACCGCUUCUGCCUGGCGGAGAAGAGCCGCAUGUGACGAGGAGCGGGGCGCAGUCUCCGAAAGGAGUGGCGGAAAUCCCUGCGACUCACCUCGCGCGAGGCAGCACCGCGGUGCGAGCAAAGCCCACCGAUGGAACGACGAAGACCAAGCAGGACGACGACUCGGGCGAUGACGGCGAGGAUGACGACACGAGCAGCACGGGCAGCGUCACCAACACCCACGACCCCCACACCCCGACAAACUACGAAGACCGCGACUUCAGGGGCGUCACGGGCGUGAUCAGUACGGAGAGCUUCCGGGACUACCUCACCACAUACUACCCUGGCGACGCCGAGGAUCGGAUCCAGCUCAUGGGCCGCUUCAACCGCCUCGCCCACCAAGUCGGCUCGCCGUUCCUUCUGGAUGCGAGGGAGCUUCCCCAUAUCCUGCCGACGAUGGUCGAGGCAGAGAUCGUGUCGAGAGAGUACAAGCGGAUUGGCAAUGACAACACGCGCAACCCGUGGUGCUACUGGGCGGGAUGGCGCGACGUGCGGGUGCAGGCGGCGGCCCUGCUCAUCGCGCUGAUACUCGCCCUGCUCGCCAUUAUCUUUGCCGUCUCAGGGGUGGCGCUCCUCGACGACGACGGGACACUGUGCGCUACGGCCUGGUAA